AUGUCAUUCCCGCCGACCUCCUCUCCAUUUCAAAACAGCCCAUCUCAAACGCCGCUCCAGAACCCGAGCACACCCCCGCCUCCACCCCCCAAACAACCACAACGAAGCCAUGAAACGCUCCAACCAGCCCACCCACCAUCGACACCUCCGAAGGAAUCCCUACGCUCGCAAUCAGGUAAUGACAUGGUAGAAGCCACAGGCACGGGGUCAGGCAGGUCAUCUGCUCCUCCAAGUCAGCCAUUAUUUGAACAGAUGCAGCCCCAGGCGCCGGGGUUGGAAGAGAGAUGGAUCCCAGAGAUAUUACAGGAUAAAUCGUACUAUCCCCCCCCCCUGCUUGUACUUCAACGGCGGCGGCGGAGGUGGUGUCUAACGGCUUAUCACAGGACAACGGACUUACAUGCCUUAUUGACUAACCCACCCCUUCUCUCGGCGUUGGCAAACUCCCACCCUUCCGCGACAUAUACAUCCGCCAACCUUGAGAAGCUACUGGCGAGCAACAAAUCCCUGGCGACGCAUCUACUAGAACUACAAUCUCAUCUAUCCGCGAUCCGAACGUCGACUGAAUCGUUACUUUUACAGCAUCAGUCUCUUGAAGUUUCAUGGCGCAAGAAACAGAGCGAGAUGGACGCCGCGCUGGAUCCGUGGUCACCCAAGGCGCUGUAUCAGCGUCUUGUCGGUGCGGUCGCCGAGCAGGAAGCAGUAUGCAGGGCCGUCGAAGAGAGUUUCUUGGAAGAAGGGCAGCGUGGUGGCGGGAUGGCUGGGGAGAGGGAGGUUGCAGAGUGGGUUAAGAGGGUUAGGGCCGAAGCAGGGAAGCUGGAAGCCAGAAGGGAAGCACGGGCGAGAUGGGAUGAAGGGAGAGUUGGUGGCUGGAGGUAA